AACUCAGAACAGAACAACAACAGUGGCAGCUUCGAUUGAAUGCAACUCUCUGAACACUGAACACGGAAUCUGCAUCCAAAUGUAAACUCAAUGGCCCGCUGUGCCGUCGAAGGAGGAUGCCCCACCGACUACGUAGCCGUUGCCCUAUCCAUCGUGUCCUUCAUUGUGCUUCUCUUAUGGGCAAUAUUUCCCUUCUUAAUUCACAACGUUCCUCGUACCAAAGGCAGUGGCUUCUGGAUACCAGUAAUUCAAGUUGUUGCAAGCUUCAUCCUUCUUCUAUCGCUUGUGUUGUCAAACAGUUUCUUUAAACUUGAAAAGAGGCAUUGGUGGCUGUCAUGCUACAUAUGGGCAGUCUGGGGUGAGGGUCUUCUAGGAUUUGGUUUGCUGUUGAGCUGUCGCAUAACUCAAGCCGCCCAGUUAUAUUUUAUCUUUGUCAAGAGGCGUUUACCACUGAUCAGAUCAUAUUUUUUUCUUCCACUAACUAUGCUUCCCUGGAUUGUUGGUGCUGCAAUUAUCCAUAUGAGGAAGCCUCUAAGUGAUCGUUGUCACAUGAAUGCUCAUUGGACCAUUCCAGUUGUUUGUCUUCAUUCAUUGUAUGUUGGCACUUUGGUUGGGGUUACGGCUGCUGUUCAUCAUAUAGAGUUCAGGUUUGAUGAACUCAGAGACCUCUGGCGUGGAAUACUUGUAUCAGCUUUAUCCAUUGUUGUAUGGUUUGCUGCUUAUGUGUUGAAUGAAAUUCAUGACAACAUCUCAUGGCUUCAAAUUGCCUCCAGAUUUCUGCUUUUAGUUUUGGGUAGUACACUUGUGCUGGCUUUCUUUUCAAUAUCAAGUUCUCAACCACUGCUCUCACAAAUCAGCUUGAGGCGAAGAGAAUCCCGAGAAUUUCGCACAAUGGGCCAGGCUCUAGGCAUACCUGAUAGUGGGGUAUUAGCACAAAGUGAACCAAAUUCAAGGAUAGAUCCUAACCAACCAUUGGAUAAGCUUCUCUUGAACAAGAGAUUCAGGCAGUCUUUUAUGGCAUUUGCUGAUAGCUGCUUGGCUGGGGAGAGUGUGUUCUUCUUUGAUGAAGUGCAUGAGCUCAGUAAAAUACCUGAAGAUGACUGUGUCAGAAGGAUCUAUAUGGCACGGCAUAUUAUUGAGAAGUACAUAGUUCCAGGUGCAGUUAUGGAGGUAAACAUCUCUCACAGAAGCAGACAGGAAAUUAUGUCAACUUCCAACCUUGCACGCCCUGACCUCUUCCGCAAUGCACUUAAUGAGAUUAUGCAGCUGAUGAAAACAAACUUGGUCAGCGAUUACUGGUCAUCAAUGUUCUUCCUGAAAUUCCAGGAAGAAUCCAAUAUGAGAUUGAAUGACUAUGAACUUGAGCAAAUGACAGUUUGUAACUUCUCUCCAAGGCUGAGUUCAGUGCAUGGUUCAGAUGAUCCUUUUCAUCAGGAACAUCUUCUAAAGAGCUCAGGCUGCGGCAAUGAUACUGACUCGUGAUUUGAGAAUGUAUAUUGGUAUUGCCUUUCCAAACCAGUUUUACUUUGUUUUACAAAGGAAAGGAAAUUGCUUGGAUACUUUUUUCAUGCAACAUGUAGAGUUAGUGUCCAUUGAAGAUGAACACUAAUGCUCUGUUUGGUUCA